AAAAUCCCUUAUUUAAUAGUAAAACUGCAGUGCAGAGUUAUGCUAUAAAUCAUAGUGUUUUCCUAUUAAGAAAUACUUCUGAUUUAAGUUUGAUGUUUCCCCAUUGCUUGGGGUGAGAUGGGGGAAUGUUGGAGUAGGGGAAUAGUCAGAGACGGAUGGCAAAGAUUGGUAAUAAGUUGUUACUGACCUGCAGAGUUUACAGCUUGAAAGAAAAACUGUAGGAGUUAAGAUCCUCUUUCCUAGGAAUCCAUGCCAUGAGAAGUUUAGGGAUUGAAGUAGUGCCUGCUGACAUGUGAAAACAGGCCUGUAAACUUUGCAAGCGAUCCAGUAAAUUAUGCUUGUCCUAGUGGGACCCCCGCCCCACCGCAUUCUAAUCCCCAGGCCAGAAUCAUCAAAGUUGGCAAAAAAUAUUCAUGGAGAGUAAGCAGGCUGUAGCAAGAUAGGCUCUUCAGCAGGCAAUCUUUGCUUCCUCCCACGUUAUGACUGUCUUUCUUGCCAGUUCCCUAGGCAGAUCAGACCCUUCACUUCCCAGUUGGCCUCCCUUCCCCAAGUGAAUGUGACUUCUUACAGAACACAAUUACCUAUGUUGUCUGCCAAACUGGAUUUUGUUUUGUUUUGUGUUAAAUAUCAGCCCAUUUUCACGACUCUGCAAUUAUGACAAUAUGUGGUAGGAAACCAUCACUGUCAGCUCCAGUCUGAAACUGGCCACUUACCAAUACACUUUGCCAGGAACAAGUCUUUCUGGAUGGAUACUACGUGGUUAACAACAUGUAAAGAUAAACGGCUAAACAAAAUAUCAACAUUUUCUUACAAGGCUCAGCUUAAGGACAGAACAGUGAUGUGCAAUGGUUUUCAUGUUGUAUCCACAAACAUAAUUCUGUACAAGAAACACUCCUUUUUUUUUUAAUGGUUGCUUAAACAAGUGGUUAUCCGUUAUGCUGUUGACAUAGGAAACGGUGAAAUGCUAGUAACCGAAUCAAAGCGGCAGUGCAACAGGCCGCUCGGUGGUGCGCAUUGUGUGGUUUGGUUCCUUGGAUGGACACACUUGCUUUACGCUUCAUCCCAAUUUUUGUCCCAACCUCUUAGUGUAUCUUCCUGGGAAUAGUCAAAACAAAGCAAAACAUUCUGGUCUUACUUCAAGCUGCCUUUGCACUGUUAUUCCCUUGUUCCGCUCAUUUCACGGGAUUGGGUUCUCCUAACUUCAUUGUUUGGUGAGUUGCUUUGCUUUGCUCGUUGCCCCGAUCUUCUGUGUAUUCUGCGCAGACCCCGCAAGUGCUCCUGCACUCCCUCCCAGCCCUCUGCUGGGGCUUAACGCUUCCCAGCCGAGGUCAGACUGCCGUGCGCUUCGAGUACCGGACCCCGAGGAAGCAAGAAACGCCGCUCCCGCCGGUCGCGGGCAGCUCCAGUACACCGGCAACACGCGCGCCUCUGCCCAGUGCCGCGCCCAGCGGGUGCUCAGACUCCUUCUCUCCAUCCCCGCCGGCGCGCCCCAGGGACUCGGAACGCCCCCGCGAGUGUGACGCGUCCUGCCUGCCCUGCAGCUCGCGGACACUCGCACUUGCAAGGCCUGGCCAGCACUCUUGGGCCCGCCCCCCGACAGUGCGGGGGCGGAGACGACGGCUCCCCUAGGCUCUGGCUCCCGGCCUUGGCCGGCGCGGGUAGGCGCGGGAGCCUCCAGCGCCGCUCGGAUGCAGCAGCCGAGCCGCCACUCGGCGCGCGGCGGGAGACCCAGGGCAAGCCGCCGUCGGCGCGCUGGGUGCGGGAAGGGGGCUCUGGAUUUCGGUCCCCCCCCUUUUCCUCCGAGUCUCGGAACGCUCCGGCUCUCAGACCCUCUUCCUCCCAGGUAAAGGCCGGGAGAGGAGGGCGCAUCUCUUUUCCAGGCACCCCACCAUGGGCAAUGCCUCCAAUGACUCCCGGUCUGAGGACUGCGAGACGCGACAGUGGCUUCCCCCAGGCGAAAGCCCAGCCAUCAGCUCCGUCAUGUUCUCGGCCGGGGUGCUGGGGAACCUCAUAGCACUGGCGCUGCUGGCGCGCCGCUGGCGGGGGGACGUGGGGUGCAGCGCCGGCCGCAGGAGCUCCGUCUCCUUGUUCCACGUGCUGGUGACCGAGCUGGUGUUCACCGACCUGCUCGGGACCUGCCUCAUCAGCCCAGUGGUACUGGCUUCGUACGCGCGGAACCAGACCCUGGUGGCACUGGCGCCCGAGAGCCGCGCGUGCACCUACUUCGCUUUCGCCAUGACCUUCUUCAGCCUGGCCACGAUGCUCAUGCUCUUCGCCAUGGCCCUGGAGCGCUACCUCUCGAUCGGGCACCCCUACUUCUACCAGCGCCGCGUCUCGCGCUCCGGGGGCCUGGCCGUGCUGCCUGUCAUCUAUGCAGUCUCCCUGCUCUUCUGCUCCCUGCCGCUGCUGGACUAUGGGCAGUACGUCCAGUACUGCCCCGGGACCUGGUGCUUCAUCCGGCACGGGCGGACCGCUUACCUGCAGCUGUACGCCACCCUGCUGCUGCUUCUCAUCGUCUCAGUGCUCGCCUGCAACUUCAGUGUCAUUCUCAACCUCAUCCGCAUGCACCGCCGAAGCCGGAGAAGCCGCUGCGGACCUUCCCUGGGCAGUGGCCGGGGCGGCCCCGGGGCCCGCAGGAGAGGGGAAAGGGUGUCCAUGGCGGAAGAGACGGACCACCUCAUUCUCCUGGCUAUCAUGACCAUCACCUUCGCCGUCUGCUCCUUGCCUUUCACGAUUUUUGCAUAUAUGAAUGAAACCUCUUCCCGAAAGGAAAAGUGGGACCUCCAAGCUCUUAGGUUUUUAUCAAUUAAUUCAAUAAUUGACCCUUGGGUCUUUGCCAUCCUUAGGCCUCCUGUUCUGAGACUAAUGCGUUCAGUCCUCUGUUGUCGGAUUUCAUUAAGAACACAAGAUGCAACACAAACUUCCUGUUCUACACAGUCAGAUGCCAGUAAACAGGCUGACCUUUGAGGUCAGUAGUUUAAAAGUUCUUAGUUAUAUAGCCUCUGGAAGAUCAUUUUGAAAUUGUUCCUUGGAGAAAUGAAAACAGUGUGUAAACAAAAUGAAGCUGCCCUAAUAAAAAGGAGUAUACAAACAUUUAAGCUGUGGUCAAGGCUGCAGACGUGCUGACAAGGCACUUCAUGUAAAGUGUCAGAAGGAGCUACAAAACCUACCCUCAGUGAGCAUGGUACUUGGCCUUUGGAGGAACAAUCGGCUGCAUUGAAGAUCCAGCUGCCUAUUGACUUAAGCUUUCCUGUUGAAUGACAAAGUAUGUGGUUUUGUAAUUUGUUUGAAACCCCAAACAGUGACUGUAUUUUCUAUUUUAAUCUUGCUACUACCGUUAUAAACAUAUAGUGUACAGCCAGACUAGAUUAAACUUCGUAUGUAAUCUCUAGGAAGUCAAUAUGUGGAAGCAACCAAGCCUGCUGUCUUGUGAUCACUUAGCAAACCCUUUAUUUGAACAAUGAAGUUGAAAAUCAUAGGCACCUUUUACUGUGAUGUUUGUGUAUGUGGGAGUACUCUCAUCACUACAGUAUUACUCUUACAAGAGUGGACUCAGUCGGUUAACAUCAGUUUUGUUUACUCAUCCUCCAGGAACUGCAGGUCAAGUUGUCAGGUUAUUUAUUUUAUAAUGUGCAUAUGCUAAUAGUGAUCAAGAAGACUUUAGGAAUGGUUCUCUCAACAAGAAAUAAUAGAAAUGUCUCAAGGCAGUUAAUUCUCAUUAAUACUCUUUAUUUAUCCUAUUUCUGGGGGAGGAUGUACGUGGCCAUGUAUGAAGCCAAAUAUUAGGCUUAAAAACUGAAAAAUCUGGUUCAUUCUUCAGAUAUACUGGAACCCUUUUAAAGUUGAUAUUGGGGCCAUGAGUAAAAUAGAUUUUAUAAGAUGACUGUGUUGUACCAAAAUUCAUCUGUCUAUAUUUUAUUUAGGGAACAUGGUUUGACUCAUCUUAUAUGGGAAACCAUGUAGCAGUGAGUCAUAUCUUAAUAUAUUUCUAAAUGUUUGGCAUGUAAAUGUAAACUCAGCAUCAAAAUAUUUCAGUGAAUUUGCACUGUUUAAUCAUAGUUACUGUGUAAACUCAUCUGAAAUGUUACAAAAAUAAACUAUAAAACAAAA